GACGCCUUCUACUAAGAAAGACCUAUCUCGGCGAGCUAUUCGAGAAGGGGGUCUAUAUCGUUGAGUCUACAGUCUUCAAAACACUCAAACUCGACUCAGCCAUAUCAUACUUUGUCAACCGUUCUUUGGUCCUGCCUUAUCCAGAAGUUUCAUUGCAUACGCCAGAACUAAUAAAGUGUGAUUUCUUCUUAGUUGUGAGAACGACUACUAUUCAAUUAGAAAUCAAAAUGUUGGCGAAACAAAUGCUAUUGAACAAAUGCUCUAUAGCACCGGUUAUUCUGAUUGUGAUAGUUGUCAAUGUGAGUUACGCACAUGCAGAUUGGGAGGUGAUUAUGAAGUUCGGAGAAGAGGUCAGUCCGAAAGUACAACACCGAUACAAGCUUGCAGAAAAUAUAAUCACCAUUCCAUCAAUUAACAACUCCGUUAGGAACUUUGCCGUUACCACUCAAGCAAACCGCCAAAUGGCCACUAAGGUCAUAUAUGUAUUUAGAGCAGAGGAAAAUGCAAAAACAAAAAUCAACAAAGACUAUUUUGUGGGCCUCGUUGGCGGAGGUGUCGGUUAUACUUGGGCCACUUUCGAAUUUACGACACUUCCGAAUGCCAAUAAUGAAGAGAUGAAGUUUGCCGUGCAGCUCAUUGGAUUCUCAACCAGUUAAUGAUUACUUUUGUUAACAAAUCAAAAUGUUACGACUCAUAUUACAACCAUAAACUUCAACAUUUUACUUCAUUGUUAUUUUGAAAAAUAUCAAUGUUAACCUCUUUGAAAAAUGAUUAAUAAUAUAGUUAUUUACUAUAUCACCAGAUCAAUAAUCGUUAUACCUACAGUCGUUUAUAAAGAACAACACCGAAACUAAUUUUUAAGUUACUUAUAGCAUACAAUUUAAUCAAUGUAAAAGUUUUUAUAAACAAAACAAAUUCUAAAGUCUACAAAUCUUAUUCGCAAGAUUGUAUAUCUCCAGUGUUCUAAACUAAUAUUAUACAAAUAAAACUAAAAAAAUUCUUCAU